AUGCGCUGGGUCGCCUGUCGAGGAAGCUCGGGAACCGAACCGCCCUCACCGCGGUUCGGACACACCGCGACGACGCUCAAUCGCGGGCGGUACGUCGUCGUGUUCGGUGGAUUGUCCCGAGCGAGCGAUUCGACAUCGGGCGGUGCGCUGAACGACGUCGUCGUUCUGGACGUCUUACACGACGCCUGGUUCCGACCGGUCGCGCGUGAUGCCGCGCACCAACCGCCGCCGAGGGCGUUUCACUGCGCGUGCGCGACGAGCGCGACGACGAUGACGAUCGCGUGCGGACGGGACGGACGGGAGCAGCGAGGCGACGCGUGGACGCUCGAUUCGGAGACGUGGACGUGGACGGUUUUAACGCAGGCGAGGACGACGGCGAGGGAUUUCGCGUGUUGUGCGCCCGUAGGGGAUGGAUCGAUGGUGAUGUUCGGUGGAUUCGAUGGGAAGAAGUGGUUGGGAGAGGUGGAGACGCUGGACGCGAGACGCGGCGCAGAGGCGAGAUGGAGGACGGAACGCGUGCGACCGGCGAAAUUAGAGGCGAUCGAGGCCAUAGUGGCCACGGCGAGUGGUAAAACAGCGCCAGAGGCGCGAAGCGGAAGCGCGAUGGUGAAGUAUGGACCGAACGUGCUCGUGUUCGGUGGGCAGGGGGCGAACGGGGGCGCGUUCAACGACACGUGGUGCCUGAAACGCGAGCGCGACGAAAACGGAGAACCGGACGGGUGGAGUUGGGUAAAACUCGUCCUGCGUGGCUCACCCCCGAACGCGAGAGCGGGUCAUGCGAUGUCAGUGAUGUCGACGACGUCGACGAGCGGGCAGACGCCGAGUAUUGUCGUCACCGGGGGCGUCGGGGACGACGGAUGGUUGGUCAAGGAGCGGUGUUACUACGACGACGCGCACUUUUUGGAUGGUGAUAACGCGCGAUGGCAAAAGCUCUCCUUUAGCGGCGAAGGAAAUGGUCCGAGCUCGCGGGCGUAUCACACGCUCACGCACGUGAGUCAAAACAAGUGUUUAUUCUUUGGAGGAUUCAACGGAGCGAACGCGUGCAACGACAGUUGGUGGCUCACCGUGGACGACAUGGAGUACUUGGACAUUUCGCUUGAGGCUCGACCGUCGCCACGUGCGCUCGUGAACGCGUUGCGAGACAGAUUAAAAACCGAAAGUUCGGUGAACGUGUUCGCCGGGAACGACGCGGCGUUUCGCCAACACUUGUCAGCGUGCGACGUGGAGGAUGUCAAAAUCGGCGAUGUCCCUGGCUUGAUGCGCGAGUACGCGUUGGCGACCGCCGCGCUCGGCCUCCCGGGAAGUCGACAGGACGCGCAGGGUAGGUUCCGACACAGAGACUCUGCGGAUAUAACGCUCCGCGAUCUCGGAUCGGCGCUCACUGAGUUACAGAGCGCGUACAUCGCAAACGCGUAA